UUACAGUGUACGUAACACGUGCUCCGUUGUACGCCGGGCAUUGUAUACACUGUAUGUACACAGCAGCUAGUUCUCCGCUGCUCGAACGACAACGAGUAUAUAAUAUAUUAUUAUUAAAGUAUACACGUGUUUGUGCGCGCAAAAUUUUGCACAAAAACUCGAGCGUCUGUGUGUGUGCGUGCGUGCGCGAAUAGUUCCAAGAUGCCGCAUCUUCCAAUCGACGACUUUAGCGAGGUCAUGGCGGAGCACCGUGAGCGCGAGGCAGCGGUGCUCGACCAGCUGCGCGUCUGGAAGGCCAAGCGCGAGGCCGCCGGCGGCGACAGCGGCUUCGCCGGCAAGGAGCGCGACUACGACGAUCUGCUGAGGGAUGCCGAUCAGACUCUGUCGCUCAUGAUGGUCAGCUGCCAUCGAGAUACCAGACUGCACCUGCUGGAGUUCGUCGUCGAGUCGAAGAAGAGCACGAGGCCGUACAAGACGAAGGAGCUGGACCUGAUCCUGCUGUACGUGACGCACAAUCUACGCGAGGAGCUGCCGAACAACGGCCUCAUCGAGAAAGCGAUCAAGAGGCUGAACGAUAGCUUCAACGGACUCCUCAGACAAUCCAAGAGAACGCAAGCCUCGGAGUCGUCGUCGUCGCCGUCGUCGACGUCGUUCGACGAGUACGAGAUACUCAGCCAGGAAGUGCGCGAUCACGUGGGCCUCUACGAGAUCUUCAUUCAACGCCUGCACAACGUGUGCAUAAACAAUAUCUAUCACGGCGCCGUGAUGAUUCGCAAGAAGAACAGCCUGAGGAUACUGCUGAUGAUGAACACGAUUCUGAACUCGCACGUGAACAAGUGGCUCUGGACCAAGCACAAGUUUGCUGUGCUGCUCGACUGCAUCAAGUGGGACAACUACGACGCCAUCAAGAGCAUCGCCUACGAGGUCGUCAAAUCCAGUAAUUAUAUCAACAAGUACUUUCAAGUUAUGGACAAUAAGUUUUAUAUAGAAAUGAGAAAGGCUCUGACGUUGGCGAAUCGAAGAACGCCAAUCAGCGUGACUGGAGCAGCUUUCAUGCUGAGGACUCUCAUAUUGGCAGAUCCCAUUGAAAUAUACUUUAGUGAAGACGAUGCAUUAGAAGACUUGGAGGUGGAAGAAAAAAAUGCUUAUCUUGUAAUAAAUCGUUUGAAAAAUACUUUUGAGGAAAAUGUUAAUUUGGCAACGAGAAAUAUUUUUCAAGCUAUCACUCAAUCUUGUUUGUAUGGACAUAUUUUUUGUAUACGCAGCAUUUUAGAAACAAUCAACUUAAGAAUCUUGAACAAUUGCGAAGUCUGGAAAGAGCUUAUAUCAGAAAUAAUAGAUUUAUGUUUGGAGCUGAACGAAGCUGUACUUCCAAUUGUGCAAAAUGCCAGUCCUGAAGGAUUCAUGCCAAUAGAUGUAUUUGAAGAGACUGUCGACGUAUAUGAUUACAAACCGAUUGAUCGUAAGAAAAAACGUAAAGAAGAUAAGAAAAAGGGUUUUAACAGUGACGAUGAGAGCGAAACAGAGUAUGAAAUUACUCCUCGGAUGCUCCUUUUAUGCUCCUGGAGAUCCAUCAAAGAUACAAGUUUAUUUUUUGGACACUUAAUUUCUGAGGCUGACAUUGAUGAUGAGGAGGACGAUGAAUGCCUAUUGUCUCAAGAUCAAGCAUCGAGGAUGGCCGAGAAUCUCUUUCAGCUGGUGCGCGAGACGAAGCACCGUGGAGCUUUCGAGGUCUGCUCCGUGGCCUUCGAAAAAGCUUGCAAACGUUUCUGGCAGUUGCCGGCGAGCCACGAGCAGCUGAGCCAGAUGCCCAAGAAAUGGCUGCAGUCCGUCAUGCUGGACAUCCUCGAGCUCUCACUCGUGGACGACGAUCGCGAAAAAUUGUGCGCGACGAGACGAAGCGCCGGCGUGCCGUUCAUGAUACAAGCCAUCCUCACCUCGGAGAUUAGAAAAGGCCGCGACGAGAAGGAUCUGCUGUUCCACGACGUCAUGAAGCUCCUGCUCAAGAUCAUCCUCAUUGGCAAUCGCGUGGGCCUGGACGACAAGAAGUCCAUCGCACGGGGCGAGCCGCUGUUCGCCGACUGCAGCUUAGAGAGACUCGACGAGCCGUUCGCGGACGCGGGCCAGAUCAGAACCCACGCGCUCUUCAUCUUGCGAGCUCUGUACAAGCACGCGAAAUUGGGCGAUCUCGUCAAGGACUACGUGGAGCUGGGAUUCUUCGCGGCUUUCAACAGUUAUACCGCUGACAAUUGGGGUGAGCAAAACGCCGCGACGAUAUUGUUCAGCGCGCUGAUGUCUCGCGCGUUCGGCGUUCAGCUCACCAAGGACCACGUCAACGUGAACGUGAAGAACAAAAUGACCGUCGACACCUUCAUGCUGGACUUUCCGAAUUUGAUCCUGUACAUGCUUCGAGAGUUGAGCAGCGCGUCGGUCGAGCCGAGCGCCAAAGUGCAGUCGUUGCUGCUGCUGGUCACGCGAAUCUAUCCGAAAAAAUACCUGCCCGAUACCUACAUAGAUCAGACCCUGCACAAACUGUUCGAGCUGGUGCAACGAUGCGCUUGGAACAAAUCCUACCAGACGCGCGAACUCGCCGCCAGAGCCGUGGUCGCUCUCAUGAUACCGGAAGACGUGGCGGUCGUCGUGCCCGACCUGUUCAAGAGAAUCAUGGGCCAGCCGCUGUCCUUGAACGCGACGCACGGCUAUCUGCUUCAAUUGAUCGAGAUCUUCGGCUGUCGUGAGUUCAAGAUCGACCGCGUGGACGCUCAACUGACCCUGGAUUUCAUCGAUUUCGCGCGCGAGCGCCUGAUGAUGUCGAUCGACCAGCAACAGUACGAGCACGAGGCGCAGCAGCAACCCUGCUACGCGAUCUGCCACGCGUGCGUCAAGCUGCUGCGCAAGAUCUACGAGGCCGGCUCGGCCAAGACGAGGGAGUGGCUCGUCGGCCAGACCUCGUACCUCGACCUGGUGGACAUGUCCACGGAACUGCUCGUGAACAAGAUCAAGCCAGGCCCCCACAUCGAGCUGUUUCAGGCCGAGGUGAUCAGGCUCGCCCUGGCCCCCAUCGAGGAGCCCGCCUACCAGCUGGAGGUCGUCAAGGGCCGUCACGAGGACGCGUUCGCCGCCAAGUUCUGGAAGCAGAUGCUCGGGCACGAGAACGCGGAGGUGAGCGAGCUGGCCUGGAACCAUCUGAUGGUGCUGAUGAAGCACAACGGCAGGCGGCUGGCCGCCAUGGCCAUGGGCCAGACGAUGCGCGCCAUACUGAGCACCGAGCACGACCGCAAGGUGCUCAGCCAGGUCUACCAGCAGGCCAGCUGCAUCGUACGGAUCUACGACGCGCUGCUCAACAAGUGGGGCUUCAUGGACGACUCCGCCGAGGAGAUGGGCGUCAACGUGCCGUUCGCCGGCACCUUCUGCCAGGUCGUGGAUCUCUCGCAGGGCAACUCCAAGUUCAAGCCCAGCCGCGGAUACUUCGUGCUGCUCGAGGUUUUUCACCGGACAAUAGUCCAGCUCAAUCGUAGAAGCUUGCACGACGAAGACGCACUGCUGGAAAGAAAAGAGUGCAUUUACCGAUACUUCAGGGAGAACUCCGAGCCCGACGCGCCCGUCGAAUUCCGCGAUAUAAUAUCCAAAUUGAUGUUCGAUUCCGUCCUCUACAGCGAGCUCAAGCCGAUUUACGGCAACUAUACGGACAUAAGCUUCCACUGGUGGACGACUCUGCUGAAUUUGCUGUUCGACGAGAAGCCGAGCAUACGCGAGAACGCCAGGAACGUGGUGCGAAGAUUGGCGCCGUGGCGCGAUAGGUUCUACUGCGAGUCGCUGGUGCUCGAGCAGUUCUUCGUCGCCUUCUGCCGGAAAUUCAUGCCGGAGCAGCCCCAGCUGGCGGCCAGCAUCAUGUUCAUUUGGACGAUGAAGGCCGUGCCCUCCGAGACCACGGAUAACUUCGAGCAGGACCAUCAGUACACCGGCGAGAAUCACGAGGCGCUCGAGCCGCUGCUCAUCUCGGAACUGUGCGCGGCGAGGAUACGCGAGAUGAAGUCACUCCGUAAGAACUGCAUCUUGACCGUGGAGAUGAAGCAGUUGCUGAUGAUGGAAUUGGACUUCGGAACCGACGACGAGUUCGAUACUCUCAAGGAGUACGUCAGCCUGUGGCAGCUGCUCAAGUACGAGGAGACGCCGAGCGAGUUCGGCCGGAUGAAUCACCACGUGAAGCCGGGCUGCCCGAGCGAGCACGUGCGCAGGGUGGCCUUUAAAAAUUUGCGCGACGCCCUGCAGUUCGCCGGCGGUUGGGAUUUGCAGGAGGGCGCCAAAGAACCGUCCACGCCGCCGUUGGCGUACGAAGACGCUCGCUCGGACGACGAGUUCGUCCUGUCGUCGACGGAAGUUUCGAUGGAAAAGAAAGAAAGUGAUGGUGAUAGCGAUGAUGAUAAUGAUGAUGAUGAUUAUCACGAUGAUGAUGUUGAUGAUGAUGAUCUUGAUGCAUCCCGACUAUCGGACAACAAUUCAAUGGAAGAUGAUGGGUCGUACAAAGAUGCUGUAGCCACUCAUUCGGAUUAUGACGAUGAACCGAUGCCCGGGCCAUCGCGCGAUUUUACCAUCAAAAAGAGGUCGUCAUUAACCAACGAAGAUGAUUUAUCUGGUAAUUUGGAUGAUGUUGACGACGACGACGAUGAACCAAUGCCCGGACCAUCACGAGACCGAUCAGUAGGAAAUGAGUCGGCAUUAACCAACGAAGAUGAUUUAUCUGGUAAUUUGGAUGAUGAUGAUGAUGAUUAUAAUGAUGACGAUGACGAUGACGAUGAACAAAUGCCCGGACCAUCGCUCGAUGGUUCAAUAAGAAAUGAAUCGUCAUUGAUCAACGAAGAUGAUUUAUCGGGUAAUAAUUUGGAUGAAGACGACGACGAUGAAAAUGAUCGCAAUUCGUUUAUAGAUAUAGAGCAGGAACUGCUGUUGGGAGCCGAGUAUGAUCUGGAAGGCCUCGGUGAAUCCAGAUCCGGGUUAUCAGGGUUAUCGGUUCCAUCGGGCGAAAAUUCAGUAGAAGCUGGAUCGCCGUUAACGAACGAAGAUGCCUCGUCUCGAUCGUCGCGCGAAGCUUCGAUCUAAGGGGAAAAAUGGAGAAGAAGUACAAAAAGGGGGUCAUCGACGAUCCCUCGUAUCUUGUAAAUAUUAUAUAGUUCGAACGAUCGUUUGUUUAUUUUAUUUUUUGUUUUUAUUGUAAAGUAAGACUGUACAAAGCCUGUAAAUUUUAUACCUCGAAUGUUAAGGAUAUGUUUUAUUUUUAAUUCAAAAACUAGCGCGCUUACGUACACACACGUACUAGCCACUCCACCGGCUUACAUGUAUAUAUCUAUUAUAUUCAAGCUAGCACGUUGUUUCACUAUACGAGAUACACAGCGAGCGAAAUUCCCUCGGGUUCUGUUUAUAAACGCGGCGAGGGCCGGUAUAGAGAGAAUCUCUGCGGCUGCCUGCCUGCGCGCAGGCGUGUGCAUUAUGCAUUUGGAUUUCGGUGCUGCUGCUGCCGCUGCUCACGGACAAUCGGCCAAGACAGCGCGAAAUAAGCGAGCCUUUUACGAGUGUGUGUGCAGCGGCAGCGAGUCUCAUGUCUUAUUCAGCCGCACAUCCCACAUUAUUGUACAGUACGAGAGAUUUCGUUGUUACGGAGUCUGAAAACUUGUCUCGCAUGAUAAUAAGCGCGGCAGUUGUCUGUUUCGAAGCCAAAAAAAAGAAAAGGUGGAGUGGCAGUGGUGUUGGUGCAUUUAAUAAAAAAUUGAAUCGAAUGGAAA